UGUCAGAGCAGGAUGUUUCCCUUAAUUUCAAGAGAAGUGACCCGGUACAUAUAGUUCCACAGCGGGUGUAUAUCUGUACACCGAUGAUACACGAUAUCUGCCCAUCACGAAUACAUAGAUGCAUUCGCACGAAAGGGUAUCAAGGCCCAUGAACACCGUCCAUCCGUGUCGCUGCCCGGGAGUGCCAACGUGCCCCGCUCCAAAACACCAGUCGGCUGGCCAGUGAAAAUCCGCUUUCCGGUGUGCCCUCCACAACCGGCUGGACGAGGUUGUUAUUCGCGACAACCAUGCCUAACACAGCCAGGGUUAACUAGUAAGAUGCUGCGUUAAUAUUUAUUAAUUAUUACGAUGGGGACGACAGGGCAGGACCGGUGGAUUUCAUCAUUCCAAGGAUGGUACUGAAUAACCUAAGAAACAUGCGUACUAAUUCCAGCAGAUAUUUGUCUGUUAUCGCAUAUCACAGUGGUAAGGCAAGCCGGGGUUGUAUCCACGGAAAUUUUAAGGAUAAUUUGGAAUUUUAAAUACUCGUAAUUUGAAAGAGAACGAUGAUUACUUAUCAGUGCUACCCGGACAAGCUGCAACGUAAACAGCUGUUCAAAACACUGGCGAAUUCGAAUUGUAUACGCCAGGGCAACCGCAACCUGAUGGCAGUUUGUGAAAACCAGCCAGCCUCCGGAAGUCGCUAUUUCUGUCGCUAAGCAGAUGCUCGGAAGUCAAAACAGCGAUUUUAAACACUGCUCAUUCAACUAAUGAUUUGUUAGCCAAACCGGAAAUAACUAAAACGUAUCGGAAAAAGUGCUCUACAAGGAAAUGUUAGCUGUCAAGUGGGAUUUUAUUACAGCAGUGACUUAUUGCUGCCAGCGCUUCGCACCAUGAAAUUCGCCUCGCCCACCUAAGGUAAGGUGCCGCCAAUCGUGCAGAAGAAACCGAUCUUUUAAGUGCUGAUGGCGGAUAUGCUGCAUCACAUGGUUAUCAUGGCCAGAUUAUAUCCGAAUUCAGUGCGACUACGAGCUGAAGUAAAGCUGUGUCUACGGAGCACUGGGUGGCGUGCUUUCUCCGUCACGGCGGUGUACUCUUGCUCUGUUCCUAAGAACCAGACAAACUGCAAUUCAAAGAUCCUGGUUUUCUUUCCUGAUUCCUUGCACCCUGGUUAGGACUUCGUUACCGUUGGCCUUGCAACUACAGCCCUGUUCUCAUCGGAAACACUGAGAAGCCAACGUACAAUGGCUACCCGGAGAAGCCAACGUAUAUUGGCUACCCAAGCAGCGUCCAGCAGUUCCCCGAAUCAACAAAUGAGCAAACGGGAAGAGUGGAAAACACUAACUGUGGAAGAGCGUCUAAACCGCCUGGGUGACAGUUGCCAGAGUGUGAGGGAUCGCCAGUAUGAAGCAGACACGUACGUCUUGGCCCCGAAAUUUGAAGCAGGCGACCCCGUGGUGGUGUGCUAUGAGGGUAUCUACUACAACGCAAUGGUUGGCGUUGUGCUAAAGAAAGCCUGGGAUUGUCCGGAUCUGAAGAAGAAGGUGCCCCUGUAUCGCAUCAGAUAUCCCUCCACGAAGAAGAGCAAGACGGAGGAGGUUGCGGAGUAUGAUCUGAUGGGGGUGACCAAGCACACCGUGCUGCAUGAGCUGUUGUAUGCGCACUACUGGAAUAAGGGAAAACUACAGACAGGGACGACGCAGAAGAAGGAUCCCGCGAAUGAAAUCUUUGAACUGCCAGCUGGCGUGCUGCAAGACAUGCAGAAGGUAUGGCACGAGCACAUCCAGCGGGCUGAGCCGGGUGUCAGGAGCUUCACUGAGUGGAUCGGGAUGGAAUAAGGUUGCACUGGCAGUACUAAGAGUACUGCACAUCUGCGACUGCUGCUUUCUCACAUUUCACGCCUUUUGCAGUUUAUCUGCAUGCCCGUUCGGAGUAAAAAUUUGAUUUAUUUUGAUGAAUCAAACAAGGCAACACAAGGCAACUGGCAUAAUUUUUAGUCCGGUUACUUAUGUAAUACUGUUUUUUUGGCCCGCGCUCAAGCUCUGACUCUGACUCAGACUCUGACCGCUAAAACUCUGACUCUGACUAAUCAAAGUCUGACUCUGACUGUCCAAACUCUGACUCUGACUCUGACUGAAUAACCUAACCUAAGAAUAACCUAAGAAACCUAAGAAAACUAAGAAACCUAAGAAACCUAAGAAACUUAAGAAACCCAAGAAACCCAAGAAACCUAAGAAUAACCUAAGAAUAACCUAAGAAACCUAAGAAGCCUAAGAAACCUAAGAAACCUAAGAAACCUAAGAAACCUUAGAAACCUAAGAAACCUAUUAAGAAACCUAAGAAACCUUCAGAGUCAGAGUCAGACUUUGAGCGGUCAGAGUCAGACUUUGAGUAGUCAGAGUCAGAGUUUGAGUGGUCAGAAUCAGAGUCAGAGUCAGAGUUGGAGUCUAGGCCUGUUUUUUUCUGUGCUGUGCUUCGCACGGUGUAAUGGCAUACACAGUGAUACACUUAACAUAUCUGUAGACUUCACUUGACCGUAUUUGCUGUUUUUUGGGAUAAAACAUUUCUGUAAAAGAUUUCGGCAACGAA